CCUGCCCCCCCCCGGGCUGAUUUACGGGAAGUGCCGGCAGCUCCUUAAUCUUUAACCAGGCCAGGCCGGACCCGGGCACAACCCCCGGAGCCGACCGGACCCGCGGGCCCCGAGCCGCCGGCACCCAGGAUGCCCACCACGGUGCUCUGGCUGCCCCUCGUGUGGCUGCUGGCCACAGCCACGGCCACUGGCACGUUGGUGCCCACCCCGGAGCCCUCUCCCAGCGCACCGAAACUGCUCAGGGCGUCCUCGCUGCCGCCGGUACCGCCCCGUCCUGUCCCUGCACCAUGGGGGGACGCGGGGGCCCCCGUCCUGCCCCCCCGAGCGCACCCCGAGCCGCUGCCUGCCCUGGCUGCUCCCCACGAGGCCACAGACCCCCCCAGCCCCGCAGCGCCCGAGGGGGCACCCAUGGAGCCGGGCACCAGGGCCAGCGGGAGCACCGCAGCUCCGGCACCCGGCAGCACCAGCGACAGCCCCGGACCCGGUGCCCCGCCGUGUCCCGGGGACGAGGAGCCGGCCGAGGACUGCGGGAAGCCCACGGAGGAGCAGCGUGCGGCCGUGUCCGAGGCCGUGUCCACCUUCGCCCUCCGGCUCUACCAGCGCAUGGCGGAGGCUGAGCGGCCCGAGGCCAACCUGCUCUUCUCCCCCAUCACCGUGGCCAUGGGGCUCUCGCACCUUCUGCUGGGCGCCCGUGGUGAGACCCGAGAGCGCCUGGCCGCCGUUCUGGCGUACCCCCCGGGGCUGGGCUGCGUGCACAGCGCCCUGCGGCUCCUCCGCGCUGCGCCCGGGCUCUUCUCUGCCACCCAGAUCUUCCACCACCCAGACCUGCACCUCCGGGCCCGCUUCCUCAAUGAGUCCUGGCGCUUCUACAACACCCGCCCGUGGGCACUGAGCGGCAACGAGAGCCUGGACCUGCAGCGCAUCAACGCCUGGGUGCGCGGGGCCAGCCGGGGGCUGCUGCCGGAGCUCCUGCCCACGCUGCCCCCCGAGCCCCAGCUGGUGCUGCUCAGCGCCGUGCACCUGCAGGCUGCCUGGCUCACGCCGCUGGAUGUGAAGCAGACGGUGCCGCUGCCCUUCCUGCGCCCCGGGCGCCCCCCGCGCCUGGUGCCCACCAUGACCAGCAAGAAGUACCCGGUGGCCUCUUUCAUUGACCCCCACCUGCAGGUCCAGGUCGGGCGCUUGGCGCUGCGGGGGGGGCUGAGCCUGGUGCUGCUGCUGCCGCUGGGGCCGCCGGGGGCGCUGCAGGCGCUGGAGCGCGCCCUGGACCCCCCCGCGCUGCUGCGCCUGCUCCGGCGCGCGGCCCGCGCCCCACCCCGCGCCACCGCCCUCGCGCUGCCGCGCGUGCGCCUCGACGCGGCCCUGGACGUGGUGCCGCUGGUGCACGACAUGGACUUCGGGCUGUUCCUGGACGCGGAGCUGUGCGGGCUGGCGCGGGGCGCAGCCGUGGCCGUGGACGCUGCGCGGCACCGCGCGGUGCUGGCGCUGGACGAGGCGGGCGUGGAGGCCGCGGGGGCCAUGGCCACGUCGGUGGCGCGCUCGGCUCCGGUGCUGGAGGCGCUGCGCCCCUUCCUCUUCGUCCUCUGGCACGACAGCGCCGACGUCCCCGUCUUCAUGGGCCGCCUCAGCGACCCCCCGCCCUGACCCCUCCCUGCAUCCAUCCCUCCCUGCUCCCUCUUCUCUGUCCUUCCCUCGGUCCCUCCCUGCCUCCUUCCCUCCAGCCCCUCUUCCAUCUCCCCUUUGUCCCUGUUUUCCUUGCUCCCAUCCCUCCCUCUCUCCCUUCCUCUUUAUUUCUUUUCCCUCCCUCCGUUCCCUGUCCCUCCAUCUCCUCUCUUUCCUUCCCCCUCCCUCUUUGCUUCCAGGCACUCUCCAGCCCCAUCCUUCCCUCUUUUCCCUUGCUACCUCCUUCCCUCCCUCCAUCCUCCUCCCCGGUUCUGUUUCUCCCUCUCUUCCUCUUUCCCCCCAUCCUCCCUUCUCUCCCCCCCCCCUCCCCACUCCUCGCCCCCAGCCCCACAUAGCACUAUGUGCAUCCCCGUGCCUCAGUUUCCCCACCAGCUCUGGCCUCCAAUAAACGCCCUGAGCUCUG